GCCGGGAGCCGUAACGAGGCUUUAAAAAGCUCGUCAAGCCGCCCCCCCCGAAGCAACCGGCCUUACUUCAUCUUCGCUGGGAGGAGGAAGAGGAAGGGGGUUCGCUCUUCUUCCCCAGUGGGAGUUGGGGGUCACAGUUUUGAGGGGAAGCGGUGGACGACCCCAAAAUCCUUGUCUGCUUUUGGAUCGGAGCGCAGAUUUCACCCAUUGGCACCGCAUGGAGCUUUUCGGGAGCUUCGUCCGGCCCCGCGGCGAGACCUUGGGGUUCCCAGCAGCUCGACCUGGCAACACCGGGACGGUGAAGACCUUGGGCAACACGUAUCAGUUCACAGUGGAUGUCAGCGACUUCGCCCCCGAGGACAUCAUCGUCACCACCUCCAACAACCAGAUCGAGGUGCACGCCGAGAAGCUGGCGGCGGACGGCACCGUCAUGAACACCUUCACCCACAAGUGCCAGCUGCCCGAAGACGUGGACCCCACGUCGGUGUCGUCGGCGCUGGGGGACGAUGGCACGUUGACCAUCCGUGCUCAGCGGCAGCCCAGCAAGCACACCGAGCACGUCCAGCAAACCUUCCGGACUGAGAUCAAGAUCUGAGGGGUCAGGGGGGUCCUUUUCGCCCCUUGUUUCCCUUGUUAAUUACCUGGAUAAUUUGGGAGGGGGGUGGGAUGUGGGGUGGGGAAGGGGAACGUGCCCCAUGGGGUUAGAGCCAUGGCAAGGGGUUGUUUUGGUGACACACGUCCCAUCAUCCACUGGAUAAAUUUGGGAGGGGGUCCCAGCUCUGGCGAGGGUCGAUGGGGACAAUCCGGUGUGGCCGGAGCUGCACCAGGAGCAACAUUCCCAUCCCUGACCCUCCACUGGAGCUCGUCUCUGUAUAUACAGCUUGUGAUAAAUUAUUGAGCACGCCUG